AUGCGUAGGAAUACAAUCAAUGAUGAAGAAUUUGCUCGACAACAACAGCAACGUCUUUACUCGGAAAGUCCGACCGAUAUCGAUGACUCGCCAUUAACAAACACGCAACUUGAUCAUGAUGCUGCUUAUGCUCUUCAAUUACAAACAGGAGAAUAUUCCAAAACAAGUCUACCAUCUGCUCCUUCUCAUUCAUACUUUUCAUCCGAACAAGAAUCAAAUGAUAGCAUCUAUCCGGCUUUUUAUAUGAAUCCCGAUGAUCCAAUUGUUGUAAGUGAUGCAGAAUUAGCCGCUCAUUUAGGAGCAGAAGAAAAGCUUCAACAAUGUAAGCAAACUUCACAACGGCGACCAACACCUGCAGUACGACACUCUGCAUCAAAUGUCACUAGAACAAGCACCUUGAAUACCUCGUCUAAUAAUGGUUCUAAUCCUGUCAUCAGUGCUAUUUCAAUGCUACUGCAACCGUUUACUGCUCGAAAUCACGUUCAAACCAUUAAUGAUCAUUUCAAUGAUCCUGUUGCUGAAGAUCUUCUAAGCCUGGAUGGAGACUUUGGACCUGAAGAUUACGAAAGACUACUAGAAUUAGAUAAGUUAACGACGGCCAAUAAAUUAACAGAAGAACAGAUCAGUACAUUGCCAACUGAAAAAUAUCAUCGCACGGCAAAUCAAAGUGAAGAAGAAACGAAAUGUAAUAUCUGUAUAGAACAAUUUCAACCACAACAAACAUUGCGUCGAUUAACAUGCUUUCAUGUCUAUCAUCAAGAUUGUAUCGAUCCUUGGUUAAAAGAAAAUAAUAUCUGUCCAAUCUGUCGAAUACCACCGAUUAAAUAA